AUGGCCCAUUUAAGUAAGGCCGCAUUAGCAUUGCCCCUCCCACAAAUGAAGGGUGACCUCUUUCUCCUACAGACAAUAGACACCACUAAAGGGGUCACUCACUACCAUUCACCCAUUUUGGAGGAAUUUUCUGGAAACGACGACGUGAUCUAUCAACGUUCCAGUAAUGAUAGUAACGUUGACGUCGUCGUGCUAAAGAGUGACGAAGACAAGGUUGCCCUUCGCCCGGGUGGAGGUAAAAUGACAUACGUGGUCUUAAGGCGAGACCCCAACGCCACGCCGGCUGGAUAUUACCCCAUCUACGCGUACGUCAAGGAUGUGGGUUCGAGUGGUGAAGAGGAUGGAGACGAAAGCAUUAAUAACGAUGGGGUCGUCACGUUGAGUGAUGGGAGGCAAGUCCUGGUCGAAUGGGAUGUCUGGGAGGAUAGGAGGAAAAAAAGGCCGGUAAUAUGGACCAGUUGUGAAGCGACCCUCUUCGUGUCGUGUGGCUUUAACGCGAGUGCUUUCCCAGAGGAAGAAGGCGAAGAAAUUAUGUGGGCAAAGAAACCCCCAACGACAGGGAAGAAAGACAAAGUUAUCAUUAUUGGCGAUGAGACAGAAUUUUCUACAUCGAAUCCCGAUUUUUUUGAUGAUUUGACAAUACAAGUGACCCAUGGGAGGAGGAGUCUGCUUAGCAAUUUGGUAGGAGGAGUAGUGACCGGUUUCGAAAGGGGACUCAAGGGGGUAAACAUGGGCUUAACGAAAGUGGUGAACAAUCCGGUGGGUCAAGUCCUGGGGCUCACCAACGCCGUGGAAGGAACUCUUGUAAAGGAAACAAACAAAGUUCUCAAAGGUGGGCUAACGGGUGGGGUUGAGGUAAUUAGUGACUUGGCAGGUGCGAUGGGUUCUGGAGCGGGGACGGCUGUCUGUACCAUGAUGAACAGUUGCGCAAAAAAGGGGCCUAAAAAAGUCAUGUUAAAGAAAGUAGUGUAUAAAGCGGGAGCUGCUGCGAGCGUGUAUCUUUCGGUUGGAACUCCGGUACCAGCAUUGCCUAAAAGUAUGGAGGGAAAUCCACCUAAAAUUAGUCAAGGAACUUUCACUCUGGACUCUUCCACGCUGCCGGUGACGGGUGGGAUGAUGGUGCCCUUCGGGGAAGGGAGGCCCUACCUUUUUCAGACCACAGAUCCCAAAACGUUUGGCGGGAAAUUAGCAAAAGAGUCUGGAACACUUGGAGCAUAUUCGCCAAAUCCCAGUUCUCCAACUGCGAAGCGCGAUUUAGUGCAUGGAAUUAUGCUGCCUGUGACACCCGGGUCUGGAAUAUUUCUCCCCGACGGCAUGGGAUACCCGGCAAAACUUGCGACAACGAAGGGAGACAUUUCUGUCCAUGGGUACUCGGUCCCUGGCUUCAGUGGAUAUCCCGACAUGUUCGUUGUCGACUCGGACAUGUCGAACCCAUUUCGAUCAAAAGACCCAAACGUCGCAAUCCGUGUAAGCGUCACCCCAGACCCACCCAACGCUUCCGGAGUUUCUGUGCAAACAGGGCAACUUUACAACAACAAACUUCCCCCCGUUAUCAUCCCGGAUUCUCUUAUGCACACUCGGGCAACUUUUACGGAUGAUAAACACGCAUUGGCUCCUGUGAUGGGCAUAAUUUUACAACAACGGAGUGGUGAACCUGACCUGUUUCUUCCUGAUGAUGAAACUAUCAUUGCGUCUAAAUUGAAACCGUCGCUAAGUGGAAUGAUGGCCCCAGUUGGAACGUCAACGUCUCCGCCGAGACAUGGCGUCCUUCUACCCCCUGCGUCUGCUGGGGACGAGCCAAAGUUUGUCGCGGAUGGUGAGGGUGGACCAGUUUCAUUCGUGCCUAGUGAUCCCAAAAUUGCACCGAUGGAGGGCACGCUAGCCCCAAUGAAUCCAAAGGUUCCAAACGAUUUCUACCCAUCGGGAGCAGUGCCUCCAAAACCAGCCAAAAUUUUUGGAACAAUGACGCCGUCCUCAGGGCAAAAGGUUCCUAUUCAGGGAGAGCUUAUUGUCAACAAGCCCAGUGCACCGUUUUCAUUUAUUCCGUCUGGUGUUGGAACUACCGGUUCAUUUACUCCAGCUGAUGGUGGACCAGCCGUUUCUGGAGCUUGGGUUCCAGGAGUUGCUGGAACGGCUGAUGAAUUCAUUCCCUUCGAUGAACCAGAAGAAGGAAUGGGAGGGCAAAAUGGGACCUUCAGCGAUGGACAUGGACCACCAAUUACUCUUGCCAUGGGUCCGCCGGAGCAUCCUGGAGGACCUCCCACUUUGCCUGGGGCGCCCCCAAAGCCGCCACCCUCACCUCCACCUGAACCAGUGGGGGCAAAAGGCAUUUUUAAACCCGACUGGGGCGGAGCACAGAUUUCAUUUACUCCUCUUAAUCCAACCCCCACUCUGGGAAGUUCCCUCUCGUUCAUCCCAACCAGCGCGGACCAGUUUGCGCUUUCAACUUCUAUCCGUGGAGUCGCAGAGGUUGGUGGACUCUCGCCACAAUCAGGAAAGAUUAUCGCAGAGAGCGCACAAUCGGCCACUUUCUUUCCUGACGCUGCAGGCUCCAUAGUCGCCUCGUAUUCCGUUGACUCAACAGGUGGAGGACAAACCAUCUCUGGUGUUAUGCUGCAAGGAUUGCCAGAAAAAUUCCAACCCGAUUCGCCAUCAAGUCUUUCAACGUCGGAAUCGCACGGUCUUCUCACCCUACGUUCUGGGGGAGCACCAAUUUCCGGUUCGAUGGGAGCUAGCCCCGUCGCACCUGUGGAAUCGACAUUGUUCACUCGUGACCCAAGUGGUUCUUCUAUGGCUAGUUUUGUCCCAGAUCUGGACCCUGCCGCUGUAUUGAAAGGUCUCUACAUUACAUCAACAGAUUCAAGUUCUGCAACAUUCAAAAUGUUUGAGACUUUUUCAACAACAAUCAUUACGACAAGUACAAUAAUUGUUCGUACCGAGACGUAUGGAACUAUGACCCUUUCAUCAGCUUCCUCUGUUUCUGGGGGCUCCAACAGCUUUUCAGGCUUCCUCACUCCGCCGAAUGUAGCCGGUCAACCCGCCACAUUUACACCGGACGCUAAGGAAGCCAUCAGGGUAAACUUUUUCUCUGAUAUUCGCCCUGACUUUCCGAUUCCUGCAAUGUACACGCCACCUCCGGCUGAAACGAACAACAACCCAGGAAAAGUGACCCUUCUCGAUGCUAGCAAAGCGCCUCAGUUGCCAAGCAGUGGUAAACUUGUCCCAGUGUAUGUGGCCACCCAGAUUCCACAUGGAGUUUUGAGCGCUGGGUCACCCCUGGCUUUCAGCCCAGAUCCUGAAGGGAGCGUAUUUGUUACGUUCGUUUCUGAUGUCAAUACAAGAGCAGCGAUGCGAGGUGUUUAUCAAGCAGCGGCGAAUAUUUCUUUACCAGGAAAAUUUACCCCGUCGAAUCCAGACGAUUAUGGGAGUAAAGUUCCGCUGGCUGCUGUACAUGCUGAAUACUUUACGGACAACUCUCCAACUCCUAUCCCGGGCAUGUACACGACUGGGCAGCCCGCCUGUUCUUUUAUGCCAACGAAGGCGAGUGACCUUCCUAGUGGACCAGAGCAUGGGGAAAUCGUUCCUCAAGGAGGAGUUGCAAUACCCGGAAGAAUGGAACCUAAUCCAGGAUCAGCAGCAACAUUCUAUCCGGAUCUCCCAGGCUCGUUGCCAGCCACAUUUGCACCAGAUGGAAAUCAGGGGGCGGAAAUUAAAGGGAUGUACACUCCUCCCGGACAGGCUGGAUCGGCAGGGUCGUUUAAUCCAAUUAAUUCGGCAAAUACUCCUACUGCUGAGGUUCAUGGGAGAGUAACCCCAAUUGCAGGACAAGUUAUUGUUGGAGUGCUGUCGCCCGGCUCUACGAAGGGGACGGCAUCGUUCUCGCCCGACACUCCCACUACUUUCAUGCCUGAUGCGAACCCAUUUAACGAAAUUCAUGGUGUCCUAUCCAAAGGGAAUACGUUCAUCCCUGAUGUCACAUUUCAAGUCCCACAUACGCCUUCCCCUGGGAUCCUGUCAGCACAAGGAGCCCCUUCUCAACAUGGCCUCCUUCAUCCCCCUGAGCCACCUUUGUCCACUUGUGGGUUCACUGCAGACCCGAGCGACCUCGUGUCAGGAAAAUUGUCACCGUUCUCCUCACCGACCAAUCUCAUUUCGGGUCUCAUGACGAAAUCCGACCCACUUCAAUUCCGUGCGUACAAUCCACUUGAAAUGCAAGAAGGAUCCGCCACGUUCACUCCGGACAGCCCAGUCGGAGCUACUCCCCAGGGUGGAAUUCUGACAUGUGCUGACCCCUCAAAAGUUCUAUGCACAUUCAAUCCCUUGAAAGCUGGUGCAAUUCCAGGGGUGGUAUCAAUCUUCAAUUCUGCUGAUCCCAUACCUGGCACCAUGUCCUUAGAACCCAGCGGGACCAGUGGCUCAUUCAUGCUACAAAAUCCAGCCCAUGCCAAAAUGUUUCCCCCAAAAGGAGGGACUGUCUCAUUCAUUGUGACCACAACGACAACCAUUAUUACGCGAACCAUCACAGUGAUAACCAUCACCUCAGUGACGACGACGACCAUAACGUUCAGCAUGGUUCCCGUCACAACUACUUCGAAGGCGGUAUUUGCUAGCGGAUCUGGGUUAUCAUUGCAGGGAAUGGUUCAACGUCCCCCGUACCCAGGAGGGGAAGCCUUAUUUACUCCAACAAAUCCAGAUGAGGGAGCCAAGAUAAAGGCACCACUGAGAGGUGCAAUUACGCCAGAAGGAUGGCCUUCAAUGCCGGGAACAAUGUUUCCUCCAGUUGGUGGAAAAAAUGGUUUUAUUCCUGACAUGGGACCCCCCUCUCAAGCAACGUUCCAUCCAACUAGUUCGCCAACUUCGGUCUUGCGAGGGACAUACACUGAGCAAACAAGUGCCAGUGGAGCAAGUAAUUUUACUCUGAUUUCUGAAGAUGCUGCCCGAAUGCCGAGCGGUCCAACACCUGGAACUUUGGUAACAACGAGUGGAUCUGAUGGGGACGGAAUUCUUGGGGUUUUCGUCCCUCCAGAUUUGUUUAAACCAGAUUUACGACAAGGUGGAGGUGGCGGUGCUGCUGCAGAAGGCACAGGAGAAGGAGGAACAACAUCGACCGGAGCAAGUGGAUCUGGGGCUCAACAAGCUCAAUUAAUCAUCACAUCUUCUGGAGUGUCGAUAUCGGGAAGUGCUGUAGUAUCCCCCCAAAUGGUCCGAUUUCAUCCAAAGGAUCCUUCCGAUUUGAAUCAGUUGGCAGACGGUGGGGGCGUUAUUACCGUUGCCGAUGGAAAGCCAUUAAAGUGCACUGUGCAGAAACCUCCUCCAGGACAACCUUUCGCAUUCGUUAGUAUAUCGUCGCCAGAUAGUGGCUUUAUUCCAGCCGUUUUCGUACCUGACAAUGAUGCCACAAAGAAAAUUACUGGCGUAUUUUACGUAGAAGGGGGCCAAUUUAUCUCAGACAAGUUCUCGGAAGAAGAUUAUGCCGAUGUUGCGCCUGGGAAAAUUACUUUUCCUUCGAACACCCUGGAACCAAUUCCAGGAAAGAUAUCAGCACCUACUUUGUCGGGAAAACCUGCAUCAUUUGUCGCCGAUCCGAAGCCUCCAACUCCAGCCGUUUUCCAUUUCGGUGAUGACGCCACUCAAACUGUUUCCGGUGUUUGGGAAGAACCUCUCACUCCAGGAAGUCCAGGUGCGUUCAAAAUACAGGAAUCAGAGGGGAAAAAGUUGAGACAUCUCACGACGGAAGGACUCCUUUUGAUUGGGAACAAUUCAACUCCACUCAAGGGAAAAAUGCAACCGUACAAUGGACCUGGCACUGACGCUAGUUUCCUUCCUGAAUCGACCCUCACUGAGGGGUCCGGACCCGGAUAUUUUUAUCCAUUUGGUCAAUCUCAUCUCGCUAUUACGGGAAUAUCUAAGGUGUCGUCAACUCCUGGAUCUCCUGCAAGCUUUUCUCCUGAUCGAUGGUCUGACCUAGCCACGGUUGUCUCAACGACUGGAUCCACUCCCGGUAUGUUCGUUUCGACCACUCCAAAUGGCAAGCCCAUCGUGGUUAUGAUGACAUUAUCCAGCGCCACUCAAACAGCCACCUUUAUCAUGGUUACAUCUUCUACACGAAUAACCACUAUCAUCACGACGACAACUGUGACAACAACGACCAUCACCGGUUGGUUCACCAUGCCGCAGUUGACGCAAGGCAGCGGUGUAUUUCAUCCGACUGAAGGAAGUUUAGAUGGAUUGACGCCGGGAGGUACAAUACGUGCGUCCCUAACGUUAUCCCAACUACCGAAUGCGCAACCGACAGAAUGUACGCUGCAAAUUCCAAUGUCUCCCCUUGACCCCAUUACCGUCACAAUGGAUCCCAUCCCACCAAUGGCUGCUUCAUUCAUCCCGAUUGAUAACCCUACCGCUAAAAUACGAGGAACCUGUGGGGAACCGACGGGUUCGACACCGACGCCAUUUCAGCCAUCGACUCAAGCAACAAUGCCAACAACGGCGACGACUGGUACCACUGGUUGGGUUGUCGUCGAAAAAUUAGGAGCAGUUCCGAUGAAAGGAGUUCUUUCUGUUGGUCCUGAUGGAAGUCCAAGCUUUACUCCCGAACCAGGAACAGUGGGUGAUGUGGAAAAUGCCGUCGCCUAUGUGACUGGUGACCCCACUGGAGAAGGAAUCGAAGGUCGUAUCGAUCUAACACAAGGAUCGUCAGCCGGUGCAGGAGGGGUUUUUAUCCCCAAUGAUAACACAGACUUUGUAAAACGUCUAACUCAAGAAACGACAUUCAUUACGUUCCAUUGUACGUCUUCGAGCAGCAGCACGGCAAACAAAGUAUUUCAAGCGGUUGUGCAAAAGCCAGAGAAUAAACCGGGAAGUAGUCCAACGCCACCUGCCAGUGGGACAAGUUUUAUUAUCGAUCCCAUGUCGGUGCCACAGACGGCGUACUUUACACCGGAUGGAUCUACUCAACAGUUCCCUGGAAAAACAGUUCCACCAUCGAAACCAAGUGAUCCUGUCAAUUUCAUGCCCGAUGACCAAGCCUCAUUUUCCAAUCAAAUGAAACAGGGCGGUUCCACUUCAGGAAAAAUAUACAUCGUAACUCGAACCUUUUACAAAACAACCAUUAUUACGACCACGACCACAACAGUCAUUACAACAACGAUUACAAGAACUUCGAGCGGAUUUUCCAUGAAGCUUGGCCCUUCGGGGCCUUCUGGACAGGAAGCAACAACUUCAAUUUAUCUGGGUGGAGUCAGAUUAACCGGUUCCUACGUUGCACCAACAGCUCCUGGUAAACCGGGCACUUUUGUGCUGUCUGACCCAUCAAAGAUGCCAACAGGAAGUGGAGCUGGUCAGAUAAUGAAGGAGACAUUGGGCUCAGUCCCAGUUUCUGGAAGUUAUACAAUCGAAGGAAACAAACUGAUUUGUCAACCGAAUCCCGACUCUGGUUCAGAAGCGGGGUCCCCGGCUACCAUGAUUGUGAUGUCACAAAAUGGAGAUCGAACAACAGUCUCUGGUAAACUGGUACCCAGUCCGAAAGGGGAUGCCUUCGUUGCGGAUUCGCCGUCAGAGUUGGCAAAAACAUUGGGCCCAGCAGGGUCAGCCUCUACUCCAGCCAUUAUUUUACCCAAUGACCCAACCGCAAAACCUAUUCCAGUGUCAGUUUCGCCGCCAACAACAUCCGGAGGAUCGGCCAAUUUUAAGCCAGACCCGAAGACGGAACCAGGGCCAGCAUCACUGUAUGUGGAAGGUCAUCCGUCAACUCCUAUUCUUGGUCAAUUUGUCCCCUCUCCGUCCGGUGAGGGUGGAGGUGCAUUCUAUCCAACGGAUAGCACCCAACUCUCAAAAAUGAGUACAGAUGGAAAUUUAGAAAAUGUACGCGGCACUGUGGUCAACAACAUUCCUGGCUCCCUCCCCAUUCCGAUUACUUUAUCUGACGCACCAGGACCAGGGCUCCCUAUUGGUUUAAAGCCCGUUAAUGUUGAAACACCUGGAGUGGUUUUCACUCCACUAUCCAACCCGAACAUUGCAAUCUGUGGAACCUACUCACCAACUCCGGGAUCAGCGCAAGAUGUGUUUACGCCGAAAGACAGCAAAAACAAACUCCCACCGGGCCCCACACCAGGCUAUGUGCUCAUGCCUUCAGGGCAAAUGAAAAAGGGGACAUUGAACCCGAGUGGGGUUGGAGGAACUCCUACGUUCGUAUCAGAUUCAUAUAGUGUCCAACGAGCAACAAUCACGUUCUUCUAUAACACAAAGUUCACGAUGACUGGAUUCAUUAAGAAAACAACAACUACCCGAACAACUACUACGGUGACAAAGACGACUACGAGAUCCUCUAGUAGCAAUGGCGAAAAGAUGGAACUAAUCAAUUCGGCAGACGUAGCUAAAAUUAAUCCCGGUGGGGAAAUAGCUACACUUUGGGAUGGUGACGCUACAUCGAAACCGGUUCUUGUUUUGGUCCACCCACCUGGUCCAGGUCAGACCGAGCCAAUAAUUACAAAGGUAGAUGAAGACAAUCCGAUUCCGGCCGUAUUUUCGUCCGAUGAAAAACCAGACCUUAAAAUAUCUGGUACUUGGAUUCAAUCUUCAACGUUCGGAACACCCGGCCAGUUCUUCCCCGACGGAGGAUUUCAGUCGGAGCAGUUUCUGAUGGGGUUGAAAGGGUCUAUUUCACUCGUAACUCGGACAUCAUCAUCGUCAUCCGCAACAACAACGUCAACGUCAACCAAUAAUAAUGUCAUCAGGGGAACAGUGAUGUCAUCAGUGUCUGGAACGACAUCAUUCUUACCAAGUGCUCCAGUAGAAAAAUCAAUGCCGGCAGUGUUCUAUCCCAACCCUGCCCCACUUCCUGCCACUGGAAAUGGGACUGCACCAAAAUUUAACCCAUCACCUAUAAUGGGGAUUUGGGUUCCGGGCAGUGGAACGACACCCGGAGUCUUUACUCCUAACCCGGAAGAGGCUCCAAAAUUGAAGGGAUCAACAUCCCUAACUCCAGGGUUUGUAAGUCUCCCAAUUCCAGGGGUAGCGCCAAUUGCCGGAAACUUACAACCAGGAUCAAACAAGUUUGUGGUCCCAGAACCAAUCGUGAGUACAAGUCCGAAUGGAGCAAUUAAGCAAAAAGGAGUAUUUCACAAGUUCGGAAGUCCUCCCGUUGAUAUUCCUGGCUCUUUUAGUUUCACCCCUCCGAGUAGCACGGGUGGCAGUCCUACUGGGCCUCCUACCUUUAUUCCGGAUUCAUCUCCUGGAACGCCGCAACUUCAGGUUGGCGAUCAUGAUGGCGUUUUCAUCCCUUCGAUACCAAAUGGUCAUCCGGUCCCCUUAUUUGUCUCAUCACCUGCUCCGGGAACUUUUACUGUGAAAACGAUAAAAAGGAAAACGAUUAAAUCCACCAUGACCGUGACGACUACCACUGGAAAGAAAAUAAUUAUUCCUGGGGUAUUCACUCCAUCGCCAAAUGGGGAAGUCGAUGUCUUUUCUCCCAACGAUCUGACACAAAUUACCUCACUAAAGCAAGAACUUGGAACGCAAACGGACAACUCCGUACAAGUCAGUUUUACUACGGAAAAGUCUGAAAAAGAAAGUACAGCUGUAAUGAAAGGGACUCUCCACCUCGACCAGAUCACUGGCGGAUCGGCCCCAUCGUUUCCGGUUACUGUGGAAGAAAAACCUCCAGCACCAGCUCUCUUUAUGCCAUUGAACCGACCCACGCAGACCUUCGCUGGAACGUAUACCGAACCAUCUAAAUCUAAAACAAGCAGCGAGGGCGCUGUUUCAGGAUAUCUUCAAAUAACUGGAUCCGCCAUUGGGAACGAACCCGUCGAGGGUUUUAUGGCGUUGGAGUCCAACUCAGCCGCUUUGACGAAGGGUGUCCUCUACCCAUCGACGGAUCCAUUCACUCCAGCCCAAUUCAAACCAGACGGAGUAACAUUAAAUGCGCCACAAGAAGCUUCCUUCAUGUCUACGGGUGAUGGGAAGACGACUAUACUGUCAGGAAAAGUUCAACUGGCUCAGGAUGGUUCCGUGGCUAAAUUCAUCCCAACCGGGGCUCCAUCUACGAGUGGGCCAUUUCCCACUUCCGGUUUGCAAGGAGUAAUUUUGUCCAAGGGACUAAGCCCCAUGCCAUGUUUCCUCUCGCCACCCAUGCCAAACAUGGGAGGACUAUUUUAUUCCGCCACAUUGGUGAAACGUACCACUUCAACAACAGUGAAAGUGACUACAAUUGAUAAAAAGACAACUUUUCUGGCAAAAUAUACUCCUCCGAGCGAAAUGAGUGGGUCUGGUUCUUUAGUUCCUUUGGACAAUGUUGCGUUGCCUUCAACUGGAGGGCAACCUAUGAGCGUGACCUUUACCUCGGUCGACGGUGGAUCUACUGAGAAAGUGAGUGGAACUGUCACAUUGGGAGAAGGAACCGUGUCCUUUGCCCCCGAUCCAGUUACGAACAAGACGGUUUAUUUCUUCCCCACGUCCAACCCUGCUGACAGGAUUACCGCAACUGUGACGCAAUCACCCAAUCCGAAUACGCCAGUGACGAUUACUGUCCGCCCUGACGAUUUAGGAAAACUUCCCAAAGAUCCGACCCAGCUGCCGAUGAUAUUCGAUGGCGUGACUACGCCCCCGCAGAGCGGACUUUUGGCAGCUCCGCCACCCAGUUCUGCUGGUUCCAGUCCAACUUUCACCGUACUCCCACCAAAAGAAGAUACCGCAGGAAAAGCAACUUUCUCGCCUUUUGAUCAUCCCGAAAUCGUAAUUCCUGGCUCACUCGUCCCUUCAACGACAGAUCCGUCUUUAUCUCCCACCUUCGUCCCCGACAAUCCGGAUCAAUUGACAGCAUCGCUUCCGAAAGACGGAUUACGUGGGGCAGUGGUUUCCAGUGCUCCUGGUUCCGUUCCAAUGGUGGCUUUGGUGGUCCCACCAGACGAUGGAGAAAAGGGAGCAGCAAUUAUUCCAGAACCUGCAAACGCGCCUGGACCAGCAAUUUUCCACCCGGAUGGACAACCCGACAAUAUGUUUGUAUACGGGCAAUUCACCCCCGCUCCCUUUGGUGGAGGCGUAUUCCGUCCUAAAAAUCCACAACAAAUGGCUUCACUUCCCAUGGGGUGGUAUUCUGGCACUGUAGAAGGAACAGGGAUGACAAAGAUCAAGUUCAAGUUGCACAAAACUGUGACAACUACGUCAACCACGACGACAACAACGACCACCACAAGUGGAUCAUCGAUGGGAUUCGAUUUUAAGUUUACGCCGGAAAUUGAGACUACGCCGACUCCUGCAUUUUUCUAUCCGAGUAAUCAACCAGGGAAAAAAAUCAUGGGAACUUUCACGAAAACUGAUAGUGGUGGUGGGCAGUUCAUCCCUACUGAUGCUGCGGCAGGUGGAAGUAUUCUGCCAACCGGAUUAAGCUCUGGAUUUAUUGUACCUCAAAGUGUUGGGAUGGCUCCGUUUGAAGGGCACAUUAACUUUAACCCUGCUUUCCCCAUGGCUCCUUCACCGUUUAAGUUAGGAAGUUCCCCUGCGAUGAACGAUAUGUCGAUGACGAUGCUUAACAUGAAGCCAAUUUCAUCAGGAAUUAAACCAAUCACGGUUUCGGAAAUGUCGAUGGGAGGAAUGACACCAAUGACGAUGCCAGACAUGAAUAUGAAGAAGAUUCCAACGACUGACAUUAAGCCAAUUGUGACCCCUGACAUGCCAUCGGGAACUACUUCUGGUGUGACCCCAAUGACGAUGCCAGACAUGAACAUGAACAAGAUUCCAACCUCUGACAUAAAACCAAUGUCAAUGCCGGAUAUGGAAAUGCCAGAUAUGACGAUGCCACCAAUGACGGCGAUUCUCUACCCCACGGGCUACCCAGAUAAGAAAAUAGUCGGACAACUCGUUCGAGGACCGGACGGAACCACCUCCACCUUCCAACCCAAUAACGACGCAGAAUUUGAAGGACUACCUACAACUUCCCUCCACGGCACUGUAAUCCCCCUCCAACCAGGCUCUCCACCGGUCACGGUUACGCUUAAAAUUAAUGCCCCUUCACCGACGACCUCCCCCUCAUCACCGACGACCCCCUCAUCACCCACAACGACACUCACCAGCACGACGAGCAGCAAACCAAGCACUAUACAAUUAACUACGGUAGAUCACACUACUGCGUCAGACUGCCAAUUCGUCUCCUCUCUGCUGGCUAAUGCAGUAUUUCCUGGUGUUUGUACCGUGUCUCCAAUCCCCGGUGGGCCACUCGUCUUUUCUCCGAACGACCCCGCUUUUUACUCCCAUCUUCCUCCAGGGCCAUCUUCAGGGGGAUUUCUUCUCGAGGGAUCCUCCGCCCAGAUUGAUGGUGUCGUAAACGUUCCAUCAUCUGGGAACAACUCGUGCUCUUUUCAACCUACUCCAACAACGACGGCGAGUCCAUAUUUCUUCUCUCCAUCGAGCAACCCAACGCUAAGAAUUGCGGGGACUUUGAUACCAAAUCCAAAUGCGGACAGUGGUCAGGAGUCCAUAUUCAAGCCUAACAAUCCCAAAGAGAUGGCUCAAUUGCCUGCUGGGGUAAAUCUGGAUGGUUAUCUGAUACCAGGCUCAGGAGGAGGAGGAGGUGUUUCGAAAGGGUCGGUUAUGAUCACUGGGGAGGGUGGAACUCUGGCGGAAUUUAAGCCUCAAACCGAAGAGAAUAGUGGGGGUCAAGCUAUGUUUAUUCCUGACGGCGGAGGUCCUGCCGUCCCUGGUAUUUAUCAACUCCCCUCCGAUUCGAAAGGCCAAGGUUUUUUCAUCCCAGCGUCAGGGGCCCAACCAACGGCUAUGUCGGGCACUGUAAUUCCCGGAGUUCCGGGGUUACAACCCUUCACAAUUGUCAUGAAGAGGACGACAAAGACUACGCGAACGUCUACAGUGACGACAACCACUAGUUCAAAAACUUGGGCGUUUACACCGAUUAAGGCGGGCGAGACAUCAUUUCCAGCAACUUUUACGUCAACAUCAAAUCCGAGCGUGAAAAUAUCAGGGAGUUAUACAAUCCCAGAAGGUUCGGGCUCCAGCAGUGGUGUAUUUGUCCCAUCAAAUCCUGCAGAUUUAAAAACGCUUCCUCCUGGAAGUUCGGUUGGUAGCGUGACUUCACCAGAUUUGCCUGGAAUGACGACACAAGGUCAGCUCAAUUUCGCUCCAGGUGACACUGGAUCGAAGCCAGCUGCGUUGUUUACGCCGACCCCAGUAACUAAUGUCAAAGCCACAUUCAUCUCCACUCUGGAUCCAAAUCUCCACAUUUCUGGCGUCUACACCACCUCCGAAUCUGGUACAGGAAGUUUCACUCCGUCGCCUGAGGAUGUAAAUAAACUCCCACCUGGAGAUGUUAUGGGUGGCCAUGUCGUCGUCGAUGGAUCUCCUUUGCAGACUCCGAUUAAAGUCAGUCUAACUCCACCAUCUUCGCCUUCUCCCUCUGGCAGCAGUAAUACUGGAUCGACGACCAGUUCAAAAACAACGACCGGUGCUGCUGCCCGUGUUGAAACCAUUUCAUCCUCGAAACCACCCAUGAUGCUCAAAGAACCUGCCGUUUUCCAUCCGGACGGAAAUCCGAAUGAAAGUAUACCUGGAAUUAUACAUUACUCUAGGGUUCCUGGAGUAGCGUCAUACUUUCUCCCGUAUUCGUCCAUGGAAUUUACUAGGAUUACCACAAAAACUACCAAAAUAACAACUAUCACGACUACAACGACAACAAUUAACAAGAACAUGCGCUAUGGAACUAUUGUCACAUCGAGUGGGUCCAUCAGCCCAAUUCGUGGAAGCGUCGAUGUAACUGGAGGUGGACAGGGGAAAGCAGAGUUUGUUCCAGAUAAUAAGGGGACAUCGUCCGUUAUGGCAGGAACGCUGACUAGUAGCGACAAAUCAGUCCAAAUCCCUGGGAUCUUUCUACCCGCAACAAAUCCAAGCGACGGCCCAACAUUUAUUCCAGAUAAAGUUGAAGAUAUGAACAAAUUGCCACCAAAUUCGGACGCCACAUUCGUACAGGCAGGGGCUUCGCCAGCAUCCUCUAAUUCGCAAACAAGUGCUAGCGGUGGGAGUGAGAGCAGUACAACCUUUACCUUCAAAACGGGAACAUCGUCUUCCGUGAACCAAAUCAGUCUCAAGCAAACAGUUGCCACGACGGCUACAGGGAUACCAGCAUUAUUCUCCCCAUUUGCAUCCUCCGGACUCUUAAUAUCCGGAAAUUUCAAGCCCUCUGGGGACGAUGGAGGAGGUGAAUUUAUCCUCCUCAGUAAGGAAGAUGCUACCAAAUUGAAAUCCCUCCUCACCGGUGGAUCGACCGCAUCCAUAUCGGGUUUUUUGACUACCACGAAGGGAUACAAGGGAUUUCUUUCCACCACUAGCAAUGAAUUAUCUUGGACAUUUUCCAUGUACAUGUCAACCUCUAGCACGUUGAUUAAAUCGUCCUCAUCCUCGUCCAUGGAACCUUGCGUUUUAGUGCCGGAUGGCGGAGGAGCCAACGUCAUGGGUAGCUGUUCUUUCGGAUCAGGGACAUCUAAUGCCACCAAGUUUAUACCACUUCGUCCAGCUGAUAUGGCCAAAAUUAGUGGACCGGCAGCUAAUGGAGGAACACUUAUUCCACGAGCGUCCAACACACCUCCGGCUCGUGUCUCGUUCCCACCUGGAAUGUCCUCUUCUAGUUCAUGGACAACAAUCACAAUGACAAGAACGAUCACGACCACGAUAAUUACGAAAAUAACGAUAACGACAAUCGUAACGAAAAUGAGCACUGGUGGGGCUAAAGUGUCAUUUUUUUCUCCGUUGAAGCCUAACCUCCGUGUUGGUGGGGUAUUUGUCAAGUCGGCCGCGGCCGCGGCUGGUGGAGAGUUAGGAAAUUUUACGGCAUCCACGGCAGGGGAGUUGAGCAAAUUCCGUAUGCAAGGCUCCAUAUCUGGUUACCUUGUUCUGGACGGCGCACCAGAUGUGGCUCCACUCAGCGUGUUUCUUACCUUGACGGGGUCAGGAGAUAGUGCAAAAGUUUGGAGUAGUGGUGUUGAGAAUAGUGGAAGCAGUGGAAGUUCUGCAGGAGGAGGAGGAGGAGGAGGAGCGGAGAGUACAAAGAAGGUUUCCGGCCCCGAGGCAGCUAACUACACGAUGGAUUCGCAACCGGAUAAAAUCUACAAAGUAAUCUACACCUCUGGGUCGCGUGUUGCAAGCGACUUUAUCCAAAUCCUAGGACCCGGAGAGGAAAAGUUGACGGGAAUUUCUCAGGGAUGGAUGUCAUUUCAAGGAGGUAUCAAUCGACAUGGUACUUUGGAUGCGUCCUUUAUCCCAGCGAAAUGGAUGCCUGAACCAGACACACCUUCGCCAAUGACAUUUUAUACGGAUGCAUCCGGCAGUGGGAUUGGCAUACAUGGAACCUUAAUUCCUGCCACAAAGAUGGGAGAGGUUGCCUAA